UUCUACGCGAAUUAUCCAGGCAUAUACCGAUGAAGUCUUCAAAGAGUGUGGCAAACAAAAAGUGCAAGCCAAUGGAUUAUACCAAUUAUGCGUAUAAUGAGGCCGUAAGCCGAUUGAAGCUAAUGCUUGCCGAAUCGUAUGCCCCGCCCCGUGGCGGUGCGGCCGCUUUCAGUGCUGGUGGUAAUGGUGCAUCAGGGGCGUAUAUGCGGCAUGUGAAUGAGGAUUCCACGGAUAACUAUUCAGAUAAUUUAUCGGUUAUCGAACGUCCCGUAUACUCGGAUAUUUCAAAGUACUUAUCGCCUGCACAAAAGUCACGUUUAAGUCCAGGCAUACGCACCAAACCGAAAGCUUACAACACUUUUGCCUCCUCUAAAGAAAACCUAACACUUCAAAUGCCCUACGCGGGCAGCACAACUACAGGAACGGCAGCACAAGAUUAUUACACGCCCAGCAGAGCGCCGCAACCUGCGGUGACUGAUAGUGUACAUGCACCGGUGGAGAUAUUCAAUUUUAUCGAAAAACAAGAGGAUUACAUCGAACAGCUGGAGAAAGAGUCCACAUACUGCCGCAACGAGUUGUCCAAUUUGCUUGGUAAAGUCAAAGACGUCAUCAACGAGAAUACUCACCUCACGGAGACCGCACGCUCCGAGUUAGCCGCAUUGAGUGGCGGGGAGAAGGUAAUGCCCGCAACUAGUCCAUCUUCAGACAGUGAUGAACAGCCGCAUCAUAAAAAGAAAUCAACUACUACACCACGUAGUAAGAAGGAUACCACGUCGACGGUAAAGUCUCCACGUUACGCUUCAGCACCGAAUAUUGUCUAUGAGGCGCGCAUAAGUGAACUCGAGGCGGAGCUUAUGCAAGCAAAUAUCGAUCUGAAGCGCUUAAAAACGGAGAAUGAAGAACUCAAACGCAAAUUGGCACACGUUGACCCACUAGUGCUGGUUGGUGCCCACUCUACUUCACACGCAUCAGCCACCAGCACGUCCGCCGCCACCACCAGCGCCAGCGCCAAUUGCGAUCUGCAUCGCAAGCAAAUCGAACAACUGCAAAAUGAGAAGCAUGUACUGGAGGAAAGUGUGCGUCAUUUACAGAAACUUUUGGAUGAAGCCAAAUCGCAGCAAUAUCAAAACGUUUCCUCCAAGCGCUACGUCAACGAUCUGGUGCAAAUGGAACGUGCUCAAGCGGAGCUGGAGGUGAGGCAUCUGCGUGAAGAGCUCGAUCGGCAGCAUGAGCGUGUACGCGAACUGCAACAUGAGAUGGCGCGUCGCAUUGCAGAUGAGCGCGCCACGGCCGAACGACGCUACAACACGCAGGUGGAUCAAUUGGGUGGCGAUCUGAGCAGUCAGUGGGAGCAGGUGGCCAAAUUGCAAUUGGAUUUGGAACGUGAAAAACGUUAUGCAACAGAUCUCAAACGUGAUCUAUCGAAUCGCAAUGCACAGAUCGAAGAGCUCAAAAUGGAAUUACGUUCAAAUCGUAACACUUUCCUAGCCGAUAUGGCGCAAGUGAAUGCUGAGAAGCAAUCGCUGGAACAGGAAAUCACCUCCUUGCGUUUGCAAUUGGAUCGUGCGGCGCGUGAGGCGAAAACCGAGGCGACGCGUCUGACAGCCGAGAUUUCAUCGUUGCGACAGCGUUUGGAUCGCGGUGAUGCCGAUUUAUUGCACUCCAAGCGUGAGGUCUUGCGUUUGAAUGAUGAAAUCGCCAACUUGGAAAAGGAGUUGGCUUAUGGUGAAAUGAAAAACGAAAUCCGUCCCACCAAAAAGGAUUUAGACAAACGAAUUUCCGAAAUGCAGGAGAAGCACGCCGAAACGGUGAAUGAACUUGAAGAUAUGAUACAGAGUCAGAAGCAACUCAUGGAUAAAUUAACUGGCGAAUGCAAAACGUUGACUAGUAAACUUGAGGAUACAACACUCAAACACAAAACGGAAAUAUCAACUUUACAAUCGAAUGUAGAAUAUUUAACCAAUCGCAUGCUAAAUAGCGAGCGUAAUGCUAAGUUAGACAAUAAUCCAAUUUCUUACGGCAAUCUAACAGGCGCCAAAGCCACUUUCGACUACAAGCCGUCCACAUUUGGUGCCGCCGAUACCACACGUGGCUCCAAUGAUGACUACACCAAACCCUCUCCUUACAGUUAUGAGUCCACACUUGGUAAGUCAAGUGCUUCCGACAUCUACGGUAAUGCCACUUCCACACCAACAACCAGCCUUACAAAAACACCCGCCACAACAACUGCCAGUUCUUUGUACAACAAGUCCAGCUACGAUCAACCAAGCAACGUCAGCGGUGAAGCGCUCAAUGACUACAAGUCCAGUUACAACAGCAAGUACGAUCUCAACGACCCCGACGAUGAGAAUAUCAAAGACAAUGUGGGAGAAGGUGAAAAACGACGGGCCGGCGACAGUGGCAGUGGCAGCGGUACAGCAAUCGCCCCCACUAGUGAUACAGUCAAUUCCGGCUAUGACUAUACAAAAGACUACACCACUGAUGACAUCAACGCUGCUUCCACAGGCGUCGCAGACAUAUCGGGUAGUGGAACCGAACCGAACUUGGCCGAUCCCAUCGCGAGCAGCAACGCCAACGAUUACAACGCUGACUACAGUGGCUACGAAGGAUAUGGACAACAGCAAUAUGAUGGAGGUGCAUACGAUGCCACCGCUUAUGACCAGUCAGCAUAUGAUGGCAGUCAACAACAAUAUGGCAGCGCAGGACAAUACGAUCCCAGUGGACAGACCGGUUACGAUACAAGUGGCGGACAAGGAGGCUAUGGCGAGUACACGGCUGCCGAUUAUGAUCAGUCCGCCUACCAGUACGAAAAUACAGCCACAUUGGGUGCCGGUGAUGAAGGUGCAACAACAACAUCAGCAUCAAGUGAAAACAUCAAAUCCCCACCACCAUCAAGUGAUGGUAUCGGAGCUGCCAGCACAACUCCUGCCACACAAAGACCAACAACAACGACCCUUGGUAACACAACAUCGUCAAUUGCACCAUCAACAUCAGCGCUACCUACCAGUGGAGUCACCACGAACAUUGCUGGCCGCCCAACAACGGAGAGCCGCAAUCAAUCGAGAACGGGCAGUAGCGCUGUGGGGCCAGGAAGUGCAAGUGGCAGCGGAUCAGUCGGUGGAGGAAAAUCCAAUCUGUCACAACAGUCUACCACGGCCGCAACCAAAAAGUAGUUGCGCUCAGUGGGUGACCGAAAGAGUAAGUAGUCCCGGUGAGCUCUGCGAUCCUUUUGAGUUGGAAUUUAGCAUAAGU